CCUCGCCGCCCAGCCAGCCCGGCCUUGGGGGAACAUGGCGCUCGUCCCCUGUCAGGUGCUGCGGGUGGCCAUCCUGCUGUCCUACUGCUCUAUCCUGUGCAACUACAAGGCCAUCGAAAUGCCCUCGCACCAGACCUACGGAGGGAGCUGGAAAUUCCUGACGUUCAUUGAUCUGGUCAUCCAGGCUGUUUUCUUUGGCGUCUGUGUGCUCACCGACCUUUCCAGUCUCCUGACUAGAGGAAGUGGGAACCAAGAGCAAGAGAGACAGCUGAAGAAGCUCAUCUCUCUCCGGGACUGGAUCCUGGCUGUGCUGGCCUUUCCUGUUGGGGUUUUCGUUGUAGCUGUGUUCUGGAUUAUUUAUGCCUAUGACAGAGAGAUGAUUUACCCGAAGCUGCUUGAUAAUUUUAUCCCGGGGUGGCUGAAUCAUGGAAUGCACACGACAGUUCUGCCCUUUAUACUGAUCGAGAUGAGGACAUCCCAGCAUGCCUAUCCCAGCAGAAGCAGCGGACUGGCCGCCACAUGGACCUUCUCUGUGGGCUAUAUAUUAUGGGUGUGUUGGGUGCAUCACGUAACUGGGAUGUGGGUGUACCCUUUCCUGGAACACAUUGGCUCGGGAGCUAGAAUCAUCUUCUUUGUAUUUACAACCAUCUUAAUGAACUUUUUGUACUUGCUGGGAGAAGUUCUGAACAACUAUAUCUGGGAUACACAGAUAAGUAUGGAAGAAGACAAGGAGAAACCUAAAUUGGAAUGAGAACUAAACCCAAGAGGAAGCGCUUAACUGAGAAUCCCUUGAAGAUUCAUUUCCCCCGGGCAUUGGCAACACAGGGAAGCUUCAAAAAAUGCAGUGGCAGUCACCUCCACCCCUGUCCCAUGGGAGGCCUCCUUCCACAGGGAAAUAUGUAUAACAGAAUGCAGGUGUCUGCACAUUACUUGCUUUCACUGUGUUUUAAAGAAUAUUUCUAAAUUUAUUAUUUGUGAUAGCAUCAGUUUUCCUUUUUUCUAGUUCUUAACUGAAAUGGAUCAUUGGAUUUUAAUUCUUACAGUUGUAAUUCUAUUUAAUCAAGGAAGAAUAAAAUUCUAUUGCAUUUCUUGUUUGCUUUGUGAAAAGCAAAGAGCAGGUAUAGCGCAGGAUACUGGUGUACCUUGGUCUUACAGGCUGGAACAGUCUAUCAGAACCACAGGUAAAUGCAGAGGAACCGUGAAUGUUCCAUAUUGCUAGAAUGUCAGUUUACCUCAGGCAGGCAAUGUUAGUAAUAAUUACAUUCAUUUAGUCUAAGCCCAAGUGUAUUUGGAUCUCAUGAUUUAACCUUGUGAAUGGUUUCCUAGAUGUAAACUAUAAUUUUAAUAAGAAUCAGCCAUUCUUUUUUUUUUAAGAUAUUUAUUUAUUUAUU